UGUUUUAUAUAACCACCAGCAAGCAUCAUCAUCAUUGUACAAUGAGACGAAUAACAACACACACACCUCUCUCUCUCCUUGGAGCUUCAAACCCUAAUUAAAAAAAAAUUACUUGUUCGUUCUUCUCUUCGAGCGUCCCUCUUGAUUCACAGUCACUGCCCAACUAAUUCACGCGGGAAAUCGACGAUCACUAGCUAACACGUUGCUGAUUGGGGGUUUCGCGCUAUAGGGAGUUGAGGGUUUGCGAUGAGACCUGCCUUGUGAAAACAUAUGUAUGGGCGGUGCUUGCUGCUUCUUCUAUUCUCUCUCACACUAGUCAAAUCUUGAGCUUUUUGGGCUCUUUUGGUUUCAUAGAUUCCAAUUAGGGUUCUACGAAUUGCAGUUUGAUCAAUUCUAAAGAUAUGGAGUCAGAGAGCAAUAAGUUUGGAGGUCCGAGAGAAUUGGGUGGUGCUUUAGAUCUUAUAACACAAUACAAGUUGUUGCCACACCAUGAAUUCUUUUGCAAGAGGUCACUCCCUGAGUCACUUUCAGAUGCUCAUUACCUUCACAAUCUGGUUGGAGACACAGAGAUUAGAAAAGGAGAAGGGAUGCAAUUGGAUCAGCUUAUUCCUAAUGCUUCACUUGGCCGAGAUACUAGUAAUAAUGCUCGCAUCCAACCUUUUGUUCUUGAUGAACUUAAGGAGGCUUUUGAGCUUAAUGAUACUGCCCCUGUUGAAUUGCCUCCAGCAGAGAAGGGAGCUCCUACCAUUGCGUCUAAAUCUAAAAGCGAGUCAAAAGAUAAGGACAGGAAGCAUAAGAAACAUAGAGACAAGGGCAAGGAGAAAGAUAGGGAACAUAAGAAGCACAAGCACAAGCAUAAAGAUAGGAGCAAAGAUAAGGAUAAAGACAAGGAUCGAGAACGAAAGAAGGAAAAAAGUGGACACCAUGAUAAGAAAAGGAAAAGCAAUGGGGAUGCAGAUCUUGAUGACGUUCAGAGGCACAAAAAGAGUAAGCAUAAGAGCUCAAAGCCUGAUGAAAUGGGAGCGAUGAAGCUUAAUGGCUGAAGCAGUGGACACUCUCAUUUUUUGUAUUGCUCACACAAGGACGUGUUAUGGAGAGGUUUAAAAGCAGCUACUUAAGUCACUGUUGACAAAUUUGUUAGGUAUAAUCUCUAAAUAAAUAAUACAUUGUGGGGAAAGUUCGGAAGGACGAAGCAACUAAAGUUUGCGGGGAAGAAUCACAAUUUGUAUUAUAAUUUGAUUUGGUGGCAGCUUUGUACAUUUUCUUAUAAACAAGUUAUGAAGUGAAUCCAUUCUAGUGACCAUUUUAGUAGAAACGUUUUGAGCUAUAUAUAUAGAGUGGGUAAAAUCACAUGGAACUCAUA